AGAGGAUAACUCCACUUUUAGCUUUGCCAUGGUAUGGAAACUUGUCCUCUGAAUCUUUAUGUGUUCUGGCAACUCACAGGCAUUCGCGUGAUGUGGCUGUUUUUAACAACAACCUAUUUGAUUUGUGGAACUUUAAAUGCCGGCGGAUUCUUUAAUUUGGAGAAAGAAGCAAAUCCUGAAGUGUGGAUGAAUAUUAGUGAAAUCAUCACCUACAAUGGCUACCCCAGUGAGGAGUACGAAGUCACCACUCAAGAUGGGUACAUACUCAGUGUCAACAGAAUUCCCCAUGGACGAAGAGACAAUAGGAGCACAGGUGCCCAGCCAGUUGUAUACUUGCAGCAUGCUCUGUUUGCAGACAGUGCCUCCUGGCUUGAGAAUUACUCCAAUGGCAGCCUUGGAUUCCUUCUAGCAGAUGCAGGUUACGAUGUAUGGAUGGGAAACAGUCGGGGCAACACUUGGUCAAGGAGACACAAAACACUCUCAGUGAAUGAAGAGGAAUUCUGGGCCUUUAGCUUUGAUGAAAUGGCCAAAUAUGAUCUCCCAGGAAUAAUAGACUUCAUUGUAAACAAAACUGGUCAAGAGAAGUUGUAUUUCAUUGGACAUUCACUUGGUACUACAAUAGGGUUUGCAGCCUUUGCCACCAUGCCUGAACUGGCACAAAGAAUCAAAAUGAAUUUUGCCUUGAGUCCUGUGAUCUCAUUCAAAUACCCCACGAGCAUUUUUACCAGUUUUUUCCUACUUUCAAGUUCCUCAGUCAAGAGGAUUUUUGGUACCAAAGGUUUCUUUUUAGAAGAUAAAACAGGGAAGUCAUCUUCUACCAAAAUCUGCAACAAUAAAAUAUUAUGGGUGAUAUGUAUUGAAUUUAUGUCUUUAUGGGCCGGAUUCAACAUGAAAAAUGUGAACAUGAGCCGAAUGGAUGUGUAUAUGUCCCAUGCUCCCACUGGAUCGUCAAUACAGAACAUCCUGCAUAUAAAACAGCUUUACGGAUCUGAUGAAUUCAGAGCUUAUGACUGGGGAAGUGAAGCAGAGAACAUGCAUCAUUACAAUCAGAGUCGUCCCCCACUAUAUGACCUGACUGCCAUGAAAGUGCCUACUGCUAUUUGGGUUGGUGGAAGUGAUGUCCUUGUAACACCCCAGGAUGUAACCAGGGUACUCCCCCAAAUCAGGAAUCUCCAUUACUUCAACCUAUUGCCAGAUUGGAACCACUUUGAUUUCAUCUGGGGCCUCGAUGCUGCACAACGGGUGUACAGUAAAAUCAUAGAUCUGAUGAAGUCAUUUCCCUGACUGCAAUACAUCUACUCCUCAGUUAAAAGUUGCUUCCAAGCCCAUAAGAGGCUUUGGGCAAAACACUAAUCAGCAGUGAGGUCUACUCCAGCAUCCUUCACCUUGUUGCUGUCGCUGAGGUGUUCCCUUAUCACAGCAUCCCAGCUAGGAAGUGUUUGUAUUGUGCUGCUCUUUCGGAAAUGUCCGCAUCUGAAAUCUUAGCAUCUUCCCCUCAGUCAGGGCUAGGUCUAUUUUUAAAUCUAAGCCCUAGUGAACUCUUCUCUGCUAACUGUACACUUCAGGGAGGAGUUAAAAGAGGCCUUUCUCUUUCUUAUUUCAAAUAUAUCUAGUGGUUUCAUGCAAAUGAUACUCACUCCCCAUCCCCUUUUUCAAAGGAUUGAAUAUAAGCAUAGGAGUGCUGGCCUAGAUAAACCUUGUCAAGGGAGUCAUUUGGCAAUAUGUUUUGGGUGGCUGUGAUCUUGUGGCUUUCUUGAAAUCACAAUUAGGGCAAUAGUCAUAUGGUCAUCUAUAGACAAGCUAUGAAACAAGCCUGACCCACAUCAAGCAUGAAAAAAUUAGCAGAAUGGAAAAAUAACCAAAUUAAAGUAUUCCAGGAGUUUGUUUUACUGUUACAAGCUAGGGGGAAAACUAACUCUUAGUAAACAUAUGACUCAACUGGAAGGAGUGGAAGGAUGUGGCUGUAAUAGAUUAGCCUACUAGUUAUGAACAUUUAAGAGGCAUUGGACAGCGGUUGAUAUGUUUACAGAGAGAAAAGAAGGCAUUGGUUAAUGUAAGAAUCUGGUUAAGUGGGGGUCAGUUAAGAGAGCUCCUAUGGGAUUUGUCUUAUUCAACUACUGCUACAACAAUGCUUUGUAAUAAACAACUCAGUGGC